AUGAUAGUUCCGAGCGAUGAGGAUUACAUUGACAGCAGUAGCAGCAGCAGCAGUAACAACAGCAACGACAUCAACAACACCAAUUCACAGUCAUCUGAUCCGGAUCCGUACUACACCGCGAAUGCAGAGGCAGAAGAUGAGAAUAGUGAAGAUGAUGAGAAGUACCAGGACAAAACGGAAUUUGAUGGGAGUAAGUUUCUCGUUAAAGUCAACGUGCAUUCCGGACUCUGGCGGUCCUGUGUUAUGGGAUCAGAAGACCAAAUAUAUGACGAUGGCAUAACCUUCCACUGCACGAAUAUCGAAUACUUCGGGCAAGAUACCGACAGAACCGAAACCACGCAUGCUAUAAACAGAGCCAUAAGGAAAGCAGCACCAGUCAUAACAGGAAGUUUACUUAUUAUGGUUGUCGCCCUGUCGCUAAGCAUUCUCGGCAGCAACCGCCGUGACGUCAGAUCUCUACUUGCGGCCAUUCUUUACAUAACUUCCGCCCUGUCGCUUGCACUCGGAGUCAUCUUGUACAUCUCUGCCGUGAACGACGAAGUGUCGCACAGAAGAAAAUCGAUAACCGGUGAGAGAGAUGGCUUUCUGUAUCGGUACGGAUGGGCGUUCUUCUUCAACGGCAUCUCCUUCAUCGCCAGCAUGAUAGCGGCCGUCAACAAUAUUUCACUCUACCUUCUCAGGCCGGCGAGUCCACAGCAGUCGGCAGAAGGGUCAAACCACGUCGGUAACAUUCCGUCGAGUCGGAGCAGGAUCAUGAUCAAUUCGAUGUCGGAGUCUCACGCCUUGUUCGAGCACGAUAAAGAGAGCACGAUCAUGGAUAAGGAUUCGAACACAAAAUCACCAACAUCACCACUCCUGUUUGAAUAUGCUGCCUCCAAUGACACUGCGACCAGUUCCAAUUCAACCGAGGAAGAAAUGAUCAUUUUGAUGUCAUCUACAUUUUAUUUCGUAACUUCCGAAUUCAGACAUUCGAACAUUGAAGCGGUUAAACCUGGAAAACAUUAA